UUACUCCUAAAAAGAUGCAUAAAAAGGCGCAGUGAAGUGUUCAUGGUGCGUUUGGGGCGCCCCUGCGGAGGCUGCAGCAGCCCGGUGUUGGUUUGCUGCUAAUUGGACUGUGAGACCAAUAACAGGGGCGCGCGCACAGCCUGCAGCCAGAACGCACAGGGAGGGGAAGAUGCUCUCUCCCUCUCUUCCUCCCUCCCCUCACCGGCUCUCCCUUAAUCCCAUUUGCCAUUGUACAUGCCCAAUCACCUAUACUUUCCGCAUUUAACUUGGAUGACAUUUUUAUUUCAUCAUUAGCAUCAGACGCCAGACUGACUGACACGGUGGACACAGUUUGACGGAAACCCCCCGGAUGGGACAUGUCCAUGUUUGUUCAUGUCUUUUUUUAACCUCUCGCGCGCUUUGUUUAUUAUCUUUAAUAGUUUUUUCAUUCCACCUCCGUGCGUAAAAGGACUUGCGCGCUAUCGCACUCCACGGGAGGAAUUCAGUUUCUGAACUGGAUCUCCUCGGAGCUCGGAUAUUUUCCGCCUGCAGGUGAGCUCUUUUAUUUUUUUGUCUAUUGUCCCCUCCUUUUUUCCCGCACCAAACUCCUGCUUCCGUGGUUCUCGGCGCUCAGACCACAAUCACAGCGAUGCCAGAGACAACGCAAGAGACGUGCGCCCCGGCCAAGGAUUCUCCCUUCUUCAUUAAGAACCUACUGAACUGUGACAGCAAACCAUCCAAACCCAAGCCGGUGCUGGCCGCCACGAAGGCGGCCCUGGAGGGAGGAUUUUCCCUUUCCCAAGUCGGGGAGUUCAACUUUCCUCGCUUUGAGCUGCCCGCGCAAAGGUUCAGUCUGCCCGCUCACUACCUGGAGCGCACAUCGGCGUGGUGGUACCCCUACACGCUCAGCUCGGGGGCGCAUCUUCACAGAACUGAAGUCACCGAGAGGCCAGGAGCCAGGGACUCCUCUCCAACCUCGGGCACAGACAGAGACUCUCCAGAUCUGGUGCUCAAAUCCGAGCCAGACGCAAAAGAAGACGAGGAUGAGGACGAGCACAACAACAACAAGAGCAGCGACGAGAUCAUCCUGGAGGAGAGCGACGCCGAGGAGGCCAAAAAAGAGGAGCUGGAGGAGUGGAAGAAGAGGGACGAGGACAAGAAGCCGUGCCGCAAGAAGAAGACGCGCACGGUUUUCUCCCGGAGCCAGGUCUUCCAGCUGGAGUCCACGUUCGACAUGAAGCGGUACCUGAGCAGCUCCGAGCGCGCGGGCCUGGCCGCGUCUCUCCACCUCACAGAGACUCAGGUGAAGAUCUGGUUUCAGAACAGAAGGAACAAGUGGAAGCGGCAGCUGGCCGCCGAACUGGAGGCCGCCAACCUGAGCCACGCCGCGGCGCAGAGGAUAGUCCGCGUCCCCAUCCUUUACCACGAGAACUCGGCCUCGGAGGGCGGGGGCGCCGCUGCCAACGUGCCCGUGAGCCAGCCGCUGCUCACUUUCCCUCACCCCAGUGUGUAUUACUCCCACCCCAUCGUCACGUCUGUGCCGUUGCUUAGACCGGUUUGAAAGGGUUUUAUUGGUGUCCUAACUAAAAUAAAAAAUAAAUAAAUAGAAAAGUGAGACAAUAUUUUUUAUAAAACUGGAAAAGACUGUCCCUGUUGGGCACAUACUAUUUUAAAAACAACUUUCCCCCCACAAGAUGUUAUUAUUUUAUUAUAAUUAUUAUUAUUAAUAUUAUUUUCUCAGGAUUUAACUGCUUUUAUUUGUGUUUUUCGUCAUGAUUGUUGCCAGACUGAGUCCAGUGAUGUACAGACACUACCUGGUUUGCAAGAAGAAAAAAAGAAGUUGUCAACAAGUAGCCUGCUUCAAACGAUUCACUUUAUUUUCCUUUGCGUUUCCAAAAGUGAGGACAGGAUGAUGCGCAAUCGGUGCGCUUUGAAUGGAUGAAGCUCUGAACGGGAAAAGCCUGUUUUGUCAUCUGUCAGAAAACUGUUUUUAAAUUCUUUUUUUUUCUUUUGAAAGAGCUUGAGGGACAAUCAAGCUAUGAAAAAAGCUUCUUUCUGUCACUCUCUAGACACGGAAACGUAUUUCAAGCACAAAUCAUCGAAGUUUUUGUGUAUUUGAGCAGUAGGGUUUCAAAAAGUCGACCACACUGGAAUAAAAAAAAUGUAAAUGUAUAUAUUUAACGAGAGGCGGGGAAGCGGCUUCUCCUUUGUACAGGAACUACGUUUUUUGAUAUUGUAUUGAUGAACCAUGUUGUGAAAUAAAUGGAAGAUAUUCCUUAUUUUUUAUGCAUAUUACUAUGCUCUUUUACGCACAAAAAGGCAGGUUUAUGUACAUUUGUUUUCACUCCUUUACAUCAAAAAUUGUUUGUUUAAUUAGGUUCAAAAUUAGAGUAAUCUCACUAUUUGACAUAUUAUACAUUUAAAAGGAAAUUAUACCCAAAAUACAUCAGCUGACUUCAUUUUUCUUAUAAUACUUUAUCGGAUUUUUAAAAAAAUCUGAAUAUAAUCAUUUUUUUCUGAUUAAUCAUUAGUAACCAUUUAUUAUAAAUAUUUUUUAUAUUAUUUAUAAUAAAAAGUAAGUUAUUUUUUUAAUACAAGCGAUGUCAAAACCUAUGUUACGACUUUGAUUUGAUGCGUCCUUCGCGCGUAAUUUCUUAUAACGCAUCAUUUAAGCUCCAAAAAAAAAGUUUUCGACUCUUAGCCAUCAAUAACGCUUUUGUGAUCUAUUUCAACCGAAAAGCUGAAAUGAUUUGACACACUGACACUUUGUUACACGAGAUCCCACAGGUGUCAGUGGACACCUGAGGUAAUAACUCAAUAAGGACAUGACCUGCUGUAAAAAAAAA